CUUCCGCUCCGGGCAACGGUCCUUCCUUCAGAGGAGCCGGAGGGGAGAAGCGGUCUGGCCGGGGCGCGGGCGCCUGGAAACCGGACGGAGGGGAGGCGCGCUUGCCGGGGCCUGCGGGGAGAAUCCUCUCGGCGCCGUCGGGGGCUCUGCCCCCCCCCGCGCCGGUUCUCGGGCAGGCGAUGGCCGCCCCCCCUCGCCACAGCGGCGGCCGCGAGGAGGAGGAGGCGGCGGCGGCGGCGGCGGAGAGCCUGCCCUGCGCCGCCCGAGCCCCCCUGCCCGCGCCCCCGGCCCGGCCCCCGCGCCCCGACCCCCGCGUGCGGCUCACCCCGGAGCGGCAGGGCGGCGCGCCCGCGGGGGGGAUCCUCCGGCGCUGCGGCCCGGGCAGAACGCGCCGCAGGCAGGUUCGUUUCCGGCUGGACUCCGGCGAGGAGGAAGGCGGCGGCCCGGAGCUGCCGGGGCAAGCGGCGGAGAGCCUGGCCGGCGUGCUGGCGAGAGAGGACUGGCGGCCGGAGCCCCCCCGCGGCCUGGGCGCCCCCGUGCUCCACAGCAGCGCCGCCUUGGGGGCCGAGGUGCGGGCGGCGCGCGAGCAGGCCUUCGACGCCCGCCAGGCGGCCCGGCAGCGCCUCCGCAGCUCCUUCGUGGCCCGCUGCGCGGCGGAGGCUCGGGUGGGCGAAGGCAUGAACAUCCCUCGGGAACAGCAGCUCUAUCAAGGUCUGGUCAGCCUGCAGGUGCCUGCAGAGGAACUGGUGAGCUCUGCGGUGCGGGAGAAGCUUGCACUUACUGGGCCCCGGCUGCCAGAAGCCAGAAAGGAGGCAGCUUGCAAGGGCCCAGACCUACUGGCAUUCUAUGACCCAGAGGAGCUGUUCACGGAGACGGCCUUCUUGGAUGUGGAGGGACUGCCACCCUUGGAGCCGAAGCCACGCACACGAGAUGCAGCAGCCACUUUCGUGAUGUACCGGAAGCUGCGCCAGUGGGACAGCUGAGGGGGGGGGGGGCAGGCUGCUCCCUGUGCCUUCCAAAGGACUCAGACUGCCUUGGCUGUAGCACGGCAAGAGGGCUAUUCAUUCACAGGCGGCUUGUACGUGUGCGCGCACACACACACUUCUCUAUUUUUGUACAUGAACUGAAUUACAAGCAACACUUUUGACUUUGUCCCCCCUACUACCCACCCAUCUCCUCCCUAUAAACACAAAUUGGGCUAUCA